AUGGCGAUGAGAGAAUCUAAAGACCUCAACAAGAUGGAGUUGCACGACUUAUUCGCCGAUCUGAAAGCCUAUGAGUUUGAGAUAAACUCGAGGAAUGAAGAUGAGCCAUCCACAUCGGUCUCAACCAAAGUGCUGGUAAAUGCUGAAGAGUCACAUGCUGCGACAACUAUGAAGUCUGCUAAGCAGAUCAGCAACGAUGCAAUGUCACUUUUCAUCAAAAAGUUUGGCAAAUUCAUGAACAAAACCCAUUCUAACUCAAACUCUAACAAUAAUAAUUAUAAGAGUGAUUCCAAGGAUAACUUGAAGUGUUUUAACUUUGACAAACUAGGUCACUUAAAGGAAGACUAUAGAAAGCCAAAGAUGGAUGAUAAGAAGUCUCAUGAUAAGAAGAACAAAAAGGAUCUAAAAGCUCUCCUAGCUGAGGAUAAAAAAAGAAAGUGGGCUGACAGCGAUUCAGAUGACAACUCAUCAAACGAAAGUGAGGAUGAAUGUAUUAAAUGCUUCAUGGAUAACAAUGAUGAGGUAAAUCAGGAUAGCUGCUUGGAAGAAUCUGUUUAG